CUCCUGUUGCCCGUGUUUUGCAACCACCCUCCUCUCUUCCUCUCCUCCUCCAUCACUGUGCACCAGCAGCCUCUCCUCACACAUGGAGCGGUGCUAGGCGCUCGCCUCCUCCUCCUCCUCCUCCUCCUCGCUGCGGUGGAAGCUGGAUGAACCAUGAGGCUUCCGCGGCUCCGGGCGGCUCUGUGCCUCCUCCUCACCGCCUUCUGCCGGCCAUGCGCGGCCGCUCGACACGGUUGCCUGUUUGAAAAGCAGCUCUGCCCCAGCGAUCAGCUGUGCAGUGACGAUGGGCUGUUUGGGCAGUGUCAGCCUCCUCACCAGGAGCCCAUGCAGUACCAGCUGUCAGUGCCGAUCCUUCACAAGCUGCAGGAAGUGCUCAAAGAUCUGAUGGAACAAGGUCUGAUGUGGAGGGACGAUGUGACCCAGGCGAUCAUCAACCGGGAGCUGAGUCGCAUUCCCACCAUCGGGCCCAAAUCAACCAAACAGACAUCAGGACUGGUUGGUCCAAGUGAGCUAAGAGUUAGAGGACCCAAAGGAUCAGCUGAUCCUGAGAUGAUGCAGCAGUACCUGGACUACGUUAUUCUGGACCCUUCUCAGUCUUCUGUUCACCUGCAGACGCCCCUGCUGGACCCAUACACCUACCAGCAGCGGCAGUAUGGCUACCAGGACGAGGAGGAGCGCUCCCUCAACUCCCUGGAUGAGACUCCAGCGUUCCCGCUCCUCGGCCCCCCGUCUCGCUCCAGAUCCAGAGGAAGCUCCCUCGACCGAGACCGGCAGCUUCUUCAUAACUUGGUGUCUUUUUACCUUGCGUCUCCUUCCUCCUCCUCCUCCUCCUCCUCCUCAGCCACGCAGUCCCUUUCCCACAUCCGAGGGGCGGCCCCAGGGAGGACGACUUCGUCCUCCUCAUCCUCCUUUUUCCCAGAAUUGGACGUCCCGCUGGACUAUGGUGAAGACUACGUUUCCCAGAUGUCCCAGCUCAGCAAACAGCAGCAGGAGCAGAAGGGUGCACAGAAGGAGUAUGAUGCCCUGUCAGGACUGGAUGCACGCUCUCUACAGAGGCUGUCUCUGCUGCUCAACCACUACGGCCUCGACGUGAAGGAUUUAACCCCGGAGCAGAAGGACAACGUGCCGGCUGCUCUGAAGCAGCUGCAGCUCGAGAGCUCAUAUGCCCCCAAACAGCUCAAAGACAGUAAGAAGUAUGGAAACGAUGCUGCCACAGGUAAAAAGUUCACAGAGAGUUCAGUUGUGUAUGAGGUGGUGGCCCCUGGUUCACCCUCCAGCAUCAAAACAAGCAAAACAGAGGAAACCCAGGGCUCGAACCCUACUGAAACACCCAAACUGGACAAAGUGGGAAACAUGAACCCGGUGGCAGAGGCAAAAGAGUUCGGCUACAUCGUUACCAACCAGAGCAUCGUCAGACCUGCGCUCACCUUUCGGACCAGCUCAAAGAACCUAACAGCGGGAGACAAGGAUGCUGCUGCAGGGAAGAACUUCCUGGAGGCUGAGACAGGCCUGAAGGUGCUGCAGAGCGGUGUUGGAAAGACCAGUGAUGGGGCGGCUCUGCCCCUGGCCACCAGAGUCCAGCCAGGCUCCCGCUGGGUGUUCGCCACGCUGGUGGCCAUGGCCUGCAUCGGCGGCAUCCUGGUGGCUGCCAUGACCAUCGCCUGUCUGCGCCACCAGGCCCAUCGCUUGGCGGCGAAGAAGCUGGGACUGGGACCAGAGGGGGGCAGCUUCACCCACCAGGAGUACCAAGACCUGUGUCGCCAGCACAUGGCCUCCAAAGGCGCCUUCGGGCGCCUGGAAGCGGCGGCCCUGGGCGCCGUCGGAGGAGGAGCACCAGGUGGAGGGGGCGCCGGCGUCAGCGGCGGAGCGGCGGCCGUGGGAGGGGUCGAUUCCAGGGUGAGCAGCGUGUCGUCGCAGUUCAGCGACGGAGCCCAGCCCAGCCCCAGCUCGCACAGCAGCACGCCGUCCUGGUGCGAGGAGCCGGCCCAGGCCAACAUGGACAUCUCCACCGGCCACAUGAUACUGGCCUACAUGGAGGACCACCUGAGGAACAAGGACCGUCUGCUGCAGGAGUGGGAGGCUCUGUGCUCCUACCAGGCCGAGCCCAGUGCCGUGUCCGUGGCCCAGAGCGACGCCAACGCCAAGAAGAACCGCUGCCCCGACGCCGUGCCCUGUGAGUCCACAAAAAAUGAUCACUCCAGGGUGAAGCUGAAGACAGAGGUCAACCCUUCAAGGUCCGACUACGUCAACGCCAGCACCAUAACAGAGCACGAUCCCCGGAUGCCGGCCUACAUUGCCACCCAAGGCCCCCUGUCACACACCAUCUCUGACUUCUGGCAGAUGGUCUGGGAGAAUGGCUGCACCGUGAUCGUGAUGCUGAGUGCUCUGGUGGAGGACGGAGAGAAACAGUGCGACCGCUACUGGCCCGACGAAGGCUCCUCCCUCUAUCAUAUCUACGAGGUGAACUUGGUGUCUGAGCACAUCUGGUGUAAUGACUUCCUGGUGAGAAGCUUCUACCUGAAGAACGUGCAGACGCAGGAGACCAGGACCCUCACCCAGUUCCACUUCCUCAGCUGGCCGGCUCAGGGGAUCCCCACGUCCACACGCCCACUGCUGGACUUCCGCAGAAAGGUGAACAAGUGUUACCGAGGCCGAUCCUGUCCCAUCAUUGUGCACUGCAGUGACGGUACCAGCCGGACUGGGACUUACAUCCUUAUUGACAUGGUUCUGAAUCGUAUGGCUAAAGGCGUGAAGGAGAUUGACAUUGCUGCAACACUGGAGCACAUCCGGGACCAGAGGCCUGGGAUGGUUCGCACCAAGGAUCAGUUUGAAUUUGCUCUGACGGCCGUUGCAGAGGAAGUCAACGCUAUCCUCAAAGCUCUGCCCCAGUAGAACCGGUGUGACCCAUGCCGGCCUCUGUUUCCAUACUGUCCCUUUCUGUCUGACUUGCCCUUUUUCUGUUUCUCUCGCUGAUGGUUUUCUUGGUAAAGGAUGAUGCUGUGCUUCUGUCUUCCUGUCAGCAUCAGUGAUUUUAAACUAACAUAUAACAUCCUGCAGGAUGUGUUUGAGGAGGAGAUGUGAUGUGUUCAGGGACAUUGGUAGCAUGUGCUACAAUACAUUCACUGCUAAUUUGGAUGAAUCCUUAUGUACAUAAGGCGGCGCGCUGUUGUAGCAAUUACCAGAAAGUCCUGUUUGCACAUUCUCCCUGUGUCUGUAAGGAAUUUCCUCUGGUUUACGCCCACACUUCAAACGCAAGCAGUUGGGUUUCCUAUUAUUGGACAUUCUAAAUUGCCGUUGAAUGAGUGUGAGCAUAAAGGCUUUGUGAUGGACUGGUGACCUGUCCAGGGUGAACCCUUCCUCCUGCCUUGCUGUGGAAGUGAGCGAGUGAACUCAAAACUAACACUGCAUUAAUAAUAUUUCCAAAUCUCUCUGGAGUCCAGAGUUGUUCUCAUCAUCUACAGAAGUUUUUUCGAACUGCGCUAAAAGAUUAUUCGAACCAAUAGAAUGAGAAACACAGUCAGCUUUAUUGGCCAAAUUUGCACAAAACAAACAAGAACUUGGAUACGGCCCGUCUCCAUCUUUUUGUACUCUCUGACCAUAAAAAUAAAUACACAUGAUAAAUCAAUAUGGCAACAAAACAAAACUGAAACUGAAAAAUGCUGCAAGAAUUCAAAUAAUCUAUUGUGACGUUGAAAUUUAAUUUAUUUAACAUUAUUUUAAUUGUAUAUUUUAAAACCAUAUUUAAUACAGGUUUUUCACUUGUUCCAAAACAACUUAUUUGUCAUUUAAAAUCACACAUUCUGGGUGUAAUUGAUUAUCUUUAGCACUAAAAUAAUAAAUAUUUACUGGCACAUACAUCUGCUGCACAUUUUGGUCCAUUGGAGCAUUAAUAAUUAUUCAGGUGGUUUCCUUUUUAUACUUUACCUAAUGCUAUUGAAGAUGUAAAAGUUAAAUAUAGUUUCACAUUUCAUCUGGACUCCAGAGGGAUUUAAAACACAAAGCUGUUGUCUAGCCUCUUAUGCUAAAACACUAAAAGAGCAUUCCAGCGCAUGUGAAGGAGCCGCAAAUGAUAAACAGCAGAUUUAUGUCCCUCGCUCCAACUUAAACAAGACUAAUAUAAUUAAGCCUGUUCCUGCUGUGGUGAAAAAGAAUUCUCCUAAAGGCGGUGAACGUUGAAAAAUGCUGCAUACUUGCUCAUGCUCUCAGCACGGAAGCAAAGCGUCAAACUUUCAGCCAUAAUUCUUGAACGUCAACAUAUAAAUUUAUAGUUGAGUGGAAGAUGUUUUGCACAGAACUAAGACAAACCAGUAGCUUCUCUGCAGAACCACAGCUGUGCUGUAUGUAGUGUGUAUGUGCGCUAUCCAAAUCACUGUGUUGCUGUUACCUCAUGCAGUCAGAAAAUAAAAAAAAAAAUUAAGAGAUGCUGUUCUAUGAAAAAAAACUAUUUUGUAUCUGUGACCUUAAAUAAAUUCUUGUGUUUAAGUGCUGCAA